GAAGCCAGAUCGCAGCGGGAGCUGAUAUGAGCCGGGAUUUGCACAGGCCAAACCGCGAUUGCCGGGGCCAAACUUAAAGUAAACAAAUAAUAAUAAUCGACCAAAAGCAACGCGACGGCAGAAACCGGUUGCCACUGAGAUAGAGACACACCACGGCCUGAGUCAGAGGCUUCGGCGGAUGUGCGGAGAAAAAACUGUGGAAAUCGAGGAUUCAGAAUGCCAGGAUUGUCAAUUGGAAUACUGCUCCUGAUCGGUUUUGGGUAUAGCCUUGGGUAUAAGAUUCCCACGCCCACGGUGGAGCUGCUGGAGAAUAGUUUUCGCGUUUCCAUACCAGACGAAGUGGGCGUCAAGGUGGUGGCUUUUAAUGUGAAUCGCAACCGAAACUUUACGUCGUUCAACCAGGGACAAUUCACUGUGAGAUUAACCGAACCCAAGAAUGGCAGCUGGUACAAUGACUUCAAUUCCGGCGCCCUGAGAGCCCAGGAUGUUCUGUAUCUCUGGACGAGUGUCCAGCACGAAAAGGCCUUGUACCAGGAUUUGGUUCAACCCCUGCAGGUCUGCAGCCUGGGAGGAGAUUACCUACCCAAAGGCUGUUCCAGCGAUGAGGACCUCACGUAUGACAAUCGGCUAAACACUGAGGAAACCGCCUCGGAACCCCCAUCUCCCUCGGUCUGUGAGCCUUCCUUAUCGACGGUUUCCCCACCAAUCGGUGCUCCUAUCUGCAAGGGACAACUCCUGUUUGAGGAGACCUUCGAUCAGCUGAACGAGACCCUUUGGAUUCACGAAGUCCGUCUGCCUUUGGAUACCAAGGAUGCGGAGUUUGUGCUUUACGAUGGCAAGGCCAAGGCUGAAGACGGUCACCUGGUCAUGGAACCGCUGCUUUGGUCCAGUUACCGACCGGACCUCUCCAUAAACAAUGCCAGAAUCGAUCUGGCCGAGAGAUGUACGGGCACCCACGAGCGGCUUAGGGAGUGUGUGCUGCAGACGACUAGGAGUGGACCCAAAGGAAUAAUGCCACCUGUAGUGACACCGCGUGUUAGCACCAAGGAAUCCUUUGCCUUUCAAUACGGACGGAUUGAGAUACGCGCCCGGCUGCCGAAGGGUGAUUGGUUGGUCCCACUGCUCCUGCUGGAACCACUGACGGAGUGGUAUGGCCAGACGGGCUAUGAGUCCGGACAGCUGCGGGUGGCAAUGGCCAGGGGCAAUACACAGCUGAGGAUGCCCCGCGGAAAGCUCGUGGAUGGAAGAACACUGUACGCUGGACCGGUGAUCUCCACGGAUGCUCAUCAACGGGAGGAUUUGUGGGUGAGCCAGCGAAGAAACUCCCACUUUGGCGACGACUUUCACACCUACAGCUUGGACUGGAGCAGCAGCAGGCUGCUGUUUUCGGUGGAUGGCCAGAUUUACGGGGAGAUGCUGAACGGCUUUGCGGAAUUGGACCUUAAUCCGCGAUGGAAGCAGGGGGCUAUCAUGGCUCCUUUUGAUAGAAUGUUUUACAUCAGUUUGGGCCUUUCUGUAGGCGGCUUUGGCGACUUUGUGGACAAUCUCCGCACGGCUAGUUACGAGAAGCCUUGGCUAAACUACCAUCCCCAGGCCAGGCUCCAGUUCUAUCGGGCCCAGGAGCAGUGGCUUCCCACAUGGAAGCAGCCCUCUCUGCGAGUAGACUACAUACGUGUCUAUGCUAACUGAUAAGCAUUCAUCUUAUCGCAAUAAAGCUCUGAGAGCGGAGAGAUGUCCGCGUCCCCAUCAGUCUCAUUUCAAAUUCCAAAUAAUAAAGAUGCAUAUAUUUUUGGGAUUAA